AUGAUGAAAGUUUUAUGCGUUGACAAAGUGGGAUACGAAGAAGAGAAUCCAUUGGAGGAAUGUUUUAAAAAGUUGAUAUACCUUUGGAGUACACAAUGUCACACUGUGAAUCGACGAAUAAUUGCAAUCACCGAGCUCUCACCAGAUCAGAGUGCCGAUUUCGACUCGAUUGUUGCGUCUUGUUUAAAAGAAACUCAGCUGCCAGAAAAUGUUGAGGAAAAGUACUUGCAUAAGUUAAUUCCGCGAACACCGAUCUUCUCAAUUUGUUAUCAAAUGCACUUUUUUACAGACGUUUUCCAUUGUCACUUUUAUACAUUCGCCCCGAAUUCGGAUUUAAAAAACCCACAUUUAAAUGCUCCAUAUGCAAUUCGAUUUCGACAAAUCGAUGAGAAAAGUGGUGAGCUUUCUGUUGAAGUAGACUCAAAAUGCAGCGAGCAUCAAGAAAAAUGGAUUUGCGAUCACGUUUUUCCGACUUUGAUUAGAUGGAUGAAAACAAUGAAAUUAGAUCAACAAAAAGUGAUCACAAAUCGUCUGAUUGACUCUGAGAAAUACGCGUACACGUAUUUGAAAAUUAAAGAAGAUUUUGGGAAACCGCUCGUUUUGGAAUGGAAAGAGUCGACAGAUCCACAGAAAUUCGUUUUUGAGGAUUGUGGAAUCAGUGCUUAUUUGAUGGAGAUUUGGAAAAGCAUUGAUCGUUUCCCGAAAAAGUUUGCCGAUAUUGGAUGCGGAAAUGGAUUAUUGGUGCAUUUGUUGAAUAAGUUGGGCGUCGACGGCAUUGGAAUCGAUUUGAGGAAACGAAAAAUUUGGCAAGAUUUGUUUAAUGGCACGAAGCUGAUUGAGGGUGUUGUCGAUCCGACGCGACCAAAUGAUCCCAAUCUUGAGGCGGUUGACUUUUUAAUCGGAAAUCACAGUGACGAGUUGACUCCUUGGAUUCCGAUUAUGGCCGCACGGUUGGGCUGUGACUUCUUCUUGCUUCCGUGUUGUCCAUUCGAUUUCAAAGGAAAAUUUUGUCACAAAAGGCCUAAUCAAAGCAAAUAUGACGCUUUUCUUCAAUUCGUUCGAAAAAUUUGCGAAGAGCUUGGGUAUGAGACAAGAGAUGAUCGACUCAGCAUACCCUCCACAAAACGGAAAUGUUUUGUUUGCACGAUACCAUCACAAGGAUUGAAGCCGAAUCUAGACGAGGUUAUUGCUAGGUUGACUGCCGGACAUUCGACAACGCUUUUUUUGCCACGAGAAAAGGAGGAAAAGGUGCUCAAUUGUUCACGAGUUCCAGUAGAAGUUCGCGAACGAAUCACAAAGCGAAUCUUCACUGCUCUACUCGGUGAAACAUUGGAGAGAAAAUCGGGAGAAUGGCGUGAAGGAAAUCCAUUGUCAAUUGCGUCCGUGUUUUCCCUUUUACCACCUGAAGAAGUCGAUUAUAUGAGGCAACAAAACGGCGGACUUCAGACUUUUAUCAAGAACCAGCAUCAGAUUUUUAGGAUCGAAAGUGGAAACGUUCGAAUCAGAGAUUGGCGAAAACAAGAAGAAUGGAAUGGAAUGAAAAAGAAGAAAGCAAAGAUGAAUCCAUCUAAAAUCAAGACAACAGCCUGUUGGAUGCAUCUCUAUCACCCAGAUGGUUGUCCACUCACAGAAGAGGAAUGCACUUAUCUUCACUCCAGU